GCGACCCGGGUGGGGGGCGGAGUUGCCCAAGUUUUCGGGGCAAGUUGGGCAGCGGAGCCCCGAAGGACCGGCCAACCCCAGGAUGGAGCUGCCGGCAGUCAACCUAAAGGCGAUCAUUUUCAUGCACUGGCUGCUGACAACAUGGGGCUGCUUGGCUUUUUCAUUCCCCACCUCCUAUGCCUGGAGCAACUUUACUGUCUUGGCCCUGGGUGUGUGGGCUGUCGCUCAGAGAGAUUCUAUCGACGCUAUCAUCAUGUUUCUCGGAGGGUUGGCGAUCACGCUUUUCUUGGACAUCAUUCACAUCAGCAUUUUCUACCCCCGGGAUGCUGCCCAGCUGACUGACACGAUGCGCUUUAGCACAGGGAUGGCCAUCUUCAGCCUCCUCCUCAAGCCCUUGUCCUGCUUGUUUGUCUACCACAUGUACCGGGAGCGUGGAGGAGAACUGGUCCUCAAUAUCGGUUUCUUAGGCCCUGCUCAGGACCAUGGCGCAUACCAGCCGAUUGAUCCCCAGGACUCCUCCUCCUCCUCCCCGCCAUCGCACCCUUACGCCGACCUGGAGAGCAAGGCACCCCUGCGGUCUUACUGAGCUCCCUGCUCCUCACCAUCGCACCCUACACGGACCUGGAGAGUGAGCCUCUGCUGCGGCCUUACUGAAUUCCUGCCCGCAUCACCGCCUGCGCUAAGCAGCUGUGAGCUGCAGUCAUCCUACCCCAUACUCUGCUUUCUCUCUACUGCACAAGACCCUUCCCCUGCCGGUCUCCCCCGGUCUCAGGCACCAGCCAGAGAGAGGAGACACCUUUGAGGUCACAUUGAUGCCUUGUAGGUCCACACACCACCAGGAGGACGAAACCUUUUUCCCUCCCUGUGCCAACAUCAGUUCCCCAACACCCUAGGCCCAUUUCCAGAAGCGUCUGUCCCAUCUCCUUGGUCUGUCUCUGGCCUCUCCCAGGCCCUUCCUUCCAGGAAACACUGUCAUGCUGCACUUUAGCCACAGGGAACCAAGUCUUCCCCCAACCAGGCUGAGCUAGGGGUUUUCUAGAGCCUCUGUGAUCCUCUGGACGUUGUUCAAUCAUGGCUGCUCUGGAGAGGAAGACUGGAGUGGGGAGGGGAUGGAAGAAGCUUGCUUUUUGCUGUUGUAUUAGGCAGGUUUAUGUUUGGGGCCUCAGGGGGAAGCAGAAAAUCUGCCACCUCCCCCGUUCUCCCUCCCCCCUGCCCCCCCACCUCUGAUUACUCCCCAUCCACCAGUUGUAAAUAUUCAGUACCUGUGAAACACUGCCUUUGCCUUCCGGCAGAGAAUUACAGCAUUAAAGUUUCGGAAAUAAAAUUCCUGUGAUUUCUCUAUCUUGAAA